AUGAAGAGCGAAGAGAAAGCAGCGGAUUGCUGCCGCGGGGCAAAAUCCUUGAGUGUGGAUGCCACUCACGCCAGAGCCUCCUUAACCGGCGUCGACUCGGAGAAAACCGGGCCCGUCGCUUCAGCCCGGAUUUGGAGAAGACUGAUUCCCUGCAUCUUCGUAGCUUUCCAGGUGGCCUUGAUGGUGAUUCCGUCGGCACGGAUGGAUGAGUGUACAGCAUCCUCAACAGCUAUCCUGCCAGCUGCCGACCUCUACGUCGCAUAUCAGGUCUUAGCGGCAGUGCAUCUUUGCAUGGUCUUCUUUCUACGCGUCUUCUGGCGGAAUAUCGACCGCUCCUCGGAGAUGGUCUGGUCCUUGCACGUUUACCUCAUGAUAGGCUGGGCAUACUGGCUGCUAGGUGCGACCCGUGAGUUGACGAUUUGGUGCAGCAUGCCAAGCUACAUCCAGUCAGUUGCUUUAGCUCUGCAUCGCUUGAAUUGCGCUUGCCUAGAGUUCGCGUUCACCUACUCGAUCCAGAAACGCCUCAAGGUUACAGAACGGGGCCUUGGUGUGGAGCUGGGUGCGAAGCAAGUGCGGCGGAUUCGUUGGAGCUUCUUUGUCCUUCAGAUCGCUGUGGAUUUCGUGCGCAUCUACGGGCAGACCCAGACGACCAUGGUGAUUCAAGUUUUGUCGUCUGUCUAUCAUGUCGUGGCCGGAGUGGGCGUUUUGAUGACUCUGGUCGUGGCGGUGCGAGCCUUCCGGCGGGUGAAACGAGCCCUGAAGGAAGUGUCUGUUCGUGAAGAGAGUUAUGCAAGCGCUGAGCGCGACUGGUGCUUGCGGGUCUUGAAUCGAAUGAUUAUGGCCGUGUGCUUCUCCUGCAUCCUGAGCGCAGCAUCACACAUCCUCUGCCUGCCUGCCAUCUUCCUUGCUCCAGAGGAGUGGAGGCAGCUGAUUGUGCCCGGAUACCACUUCAUGGAUGUCACGGCGGAGCUCAUCGGUCUGGUCUUCAUCGUUGGGAUCCUGAAGCCACCCGAGAAAGUCAGCUUCACCGAGCAGAGCGUCCCACGCCUCCGGGCCCUGCGCGGCAUGAGUCGGCUGACGGAGGAGCUUCCCACAACGGAGGAGAACGACAAAGUGCAGGAACUGGCACUUCGCAGCAUCGACCUUUCCGAACUGCUCGACUUCUAUGAGAGCUUGGGAUGUGAAGGCUCUCGGAUGCCACACUUUGAUCCCUGCCGGUCCACGACCCACGACGUCGUGCGCCAGGCAAUCAUUCCAGCAUCGCGGCAGGGCUCGGGUGGGAUGUCCUACGCAGAGCUGCUGCAGCAAACUGGCCGUGCCGCCAACCGGAUGCCCGACUGCAUGGUGACGCACUCCUGGUCGAACCUCUUCCUUGACCUCGUAGCCGCUGUCGUGGCAGAUGCCCUGGGUCAGGACGAGUACGACAAGGUUGCGCGAUGCUUGCGGCAGGGGCAUGUGGAGACCCUGCGGCAGCAGCUGCUCACCAGGGGCACGCUGGGCAACAGCUACUGGACCCUCGGAGCUCUCUCUGUGCACGAGGGCGAGCCCCUCACGUUCUGCGACUGCAGGGAGUCGAAACUUGCAAAUGACGACCCGGACUGCGAGGUGAACAAGUUUGAUGCCAUGAUGCUGUGGCUUCAGUACAAGAACCCUCGCUUGAGGCAGCUCGUCGCGGUGGAUCGCAAGUUUGACGUUUUCUCCCGCAGCUGGUGUAUCGCGGAACUUGUGGCUGCUCACGGCGCGGACAUCCCACAAAGUGUCUGCUUAGAGACCAGCAAGCCUUUCGACCCCACAGCGGAAGACCUGGCGAUCUAUGAAUACCUGGUCAACCUCAGCGUCGCCAAUAGCCUCUCGUCGCGGCCGGAGGACAAAGAGAUGAUCUUGCAGAAGGUGUCUUCUGUGCGGGAGUUCGAUGCAGCUCUCCAGAUGCUGAUCUUUGGGAAUCGAGGCAGCGGAAGGACUUUUCUUCCUUGGGGGUUUAGGCUCCGAAGGAUUAAGAAGAGGGCUUCGGGAAUUCCCUCAGUCGGUUUUGUGAGCUUUGUAAAGGUGUAA